AUUUUGCGUCAGCCAUGAUACUGUUAUGGCACCUGCAGUUCGAUGAUAAGUUCCAUGUCAGAUCCAUCAGCGAUCACGAAAACUCUGAAAAGAGGAAAAUGAAAGGGCCUAAUUUAGUUAAAGUCAAAUUGUCAUUAAAAGCCUUGAUCAUCAAUCUUCUAAUACUGAAGGUAGUGAAAUGUAACAGUGAUUCCUGUCCAGUGUCAAGACAAACUAUGGAAAUUGUUCCAAACUGUCCGACCAGUGAAUCAAAAUGGAAUGAAGCUUCUCAAAGAAAGAACUGUUCAGCUUUUGCCAGCCAGUGUAGCUAUCCUGACAGACUUGUGUACCAUUGUGUGAUCAAUCCAUUUGUAAAUCAGACAUUGGAAGUUUGUGCCUAUGGAAAGUACAUUGUUUUAGGUUAUUGUACGGAGUACAGCUUGAGUGGCAACAUAAUCCAGCAGAAUUAUGAUACAGUCUGUUCUAAAUUUACCCAGAGUCCAUGUCCCAGUGGCUACCACUCCACAGAAGCAUACAAAUACCCCGGUUGCUAUGAGCUAACAAAGAAAUCCACAGUUCAGAAUCCAACUACAGUUGCCUCUGUCCCUACAUCUGACACAAAAGUUACAACUCAAAAUAUGUCCAUGACUGAAGAGUCAGAUAUGGAAAAUGUUAAAGAUAUAAACUUGGGACUUUAUAUUGGACUCACUUUCGGAGUUCUUCUUGUAGCUGGAAUCGCUGUUGUAAUUUUUUUACUGAAAAGACGUCAAGCUAACUCUAAAGAGCAAAACCUUACCGAAAAAGAAACAGUAGAAGAGAAUGGUCUACUCAUGAAGAAAAAAUAAAAAAACAGAAGAAAGACUGGUGCAGAUUGAGCCUUAACUAUUGCAUAAUAAAAAUUAACGUAUAUCAAUCAACAAAAAUCAAUAUUGAAGAGGAGGAACAAGAACUGGAUAUAACAACUAGUCAAAUUUAGGAAGUUCGCCAAACUUCUCCAAUGACUCGAGUGCUUUGAUCAGGAAAUAUAUAUAUGAAAUAUCUAUAAGAUACUCUAUAAGACAAGAAAGCUCUUUAGUCUUCAGAAUAAGCAUUACUGGAAGGUCAUAUAACUUCAGGACCAACCAUUCUGACUAAUAUUUAAUCAUUGAAUUUAUGAUGAUUACACAGUUAUGUCUGACAUGGUUACAUUAACUUCUAGAGACAUAAUGCAAAAGUAAAAUUUUGUUGUUCUGAAGUUAAUGUCAUUAUGUGUGGUCUGUAUGUAUGUGUUUACAUUAUACAUGUAUAAAUAUUACAUGUAGUUGACAAUUUUCACCCCCAAAAACAUUUUAAACCAAGUUAGGUGCAGUAGAGGUCGAAGAAGGUUUCAGAGGGACGGAAAUUUUCAAUGUUACACUCAGCUACAUGCAAUGUUUAUUAAGUGACACUGAAUGUUUUAAAUGCAGCGAUCCUUGUGUGCAUAAAUUCUGAACAGUCAACAUCACAUGUAAAGCAAUGUUGACUGUUGCUAAGAUGGAGGUCGUGGCUUCAUUUUUCAGCGUGUAUUACUGAUUUUUUUUAAAUAAAUGUUUCGCAAUGUAUCAAAUUCAACAAAUUUACAUGAAAGUAUAAUGCAUGGAAAUUUUUCCCCUGCAUAACAUAGUUUAAUUAAUUAUGCAUAUUUCAGCCUUUGUAUUAACAACUCAUAGUGAGAUCAAUGUCAAAAGAAGGCAACGUAUUCAACACAUUGAAUUUAUACUGUUGAUGUUUAAACAAGUAUUUAAAAAAACACCGGGCUAUUUCAAUUUAAAACGUAAUCCAUACCUGCUAGGACUUGACAUCUGUUCUGGAUUUAUGCGGAAGAAAACUAUCAUUGGAAAAUAGAUCUGAUGGUACACAUGUAGCACUUUUUAUUUGAAUUGCUGAAUUUCAAAUUAUUUUGCAAGCCUUGAUACAUAUAACUAAUGCCGGUGAAGACUUGUUUUAUCUCUUUUGAAAGGUUAAUCUAGUCGUUGAUUGAAAUUUUAAAUUCAAGUUGAUAAUCUAUAUACUGCAAGUUCUUUUCACAUUUUAAAAUGCUUGUGCCAUAGAAUCAAUGUUUAAUUUGUAUGUGAAAGUGUAUAUAUAUGAGAGAAAUUCGGAUCCGCCAAAAUGAAUCUAUAUAAAAAUAUGAUAUGCAGAUUUAAAAACGAGAUUUGCCAAUGCAUGACAUGUUCCUUUUGGAAUAGGACGAAUUAUUUAUGGGCAAGUUUUAGGGGCGAACUCUCUAGCAUUCUCCUGCAUGCCUGACAUUUGCCCAUGGCAGCCGGUUUUACCUUGCUUUUAUAUAUAUUUACUGUGUGGACCUCAAAAUCUGCGCAAAAAGUAAAUCAACAUAUUUUUUGUCAUAAAUCAGACGCAUAUGUUAAUAGAGGGAAUUAGAUUUUAUCAAAAUGUAAAUAAACAUAACGUUUUUGUCAUAUGAUCAAAUCGACUAUAAAAGUUUUAAAAUGAUACCCUAUUUCUUAUAUAUGUACUUGUAACAUGACGAUUUUUUAUAGGGAAACUUUAUUGUAAAAUUUUGAUAAGUUUCCUUUUGAUCUCUCUAAUUAAUCUUUUAAAGUUUAGGUGAGUAGAUUUCUUGAUAAUUCUACCGGAAUCUUAACUUUCGCACAGCAAAUGACCAGGAGCAAAGCUAAGCCGAAUAUGCAUGUAUAUAUCGUAUGGCUGUCUUUGUGUCUGACGUCAGUGGCCGGGUCUAUUGAAGUGGACAUGGGAGGCCUCUUAUAAUUUUCAUCUAUUAGACAACAUUUAAAAUCUAAAUUUACAAUACAAUUUUCAUUCACAAUGAAACAAAAACUGCAGGAAACAUAUAUAAUAGGAAAAAUAUAAUUAUAAGUCACCACUGUCUAGAAAGUAGGCUAUGCUUCGCCCUACCCUGACAUACCCAACAUUCUAGAAAAUGAUUGAAACUUUUCGUCCUUCAAUGCACUCCUAUAAUCUUAGAAAUAAUGAUGAAACUACAUCAUAUAUGGAAAGUUUCUUUGCAAUAAAUGGUAAACUGUGGAAUAUGUUAAACUUGCUUGAUUAUAUCAGGAAUGCUCCUUGAAUACCUUCAUUCAAAGGUCUCUUAAAUUUUUAUUUUUGUAAAAAAAAAAGGUAAAGAAAUUUAUCAUUUUUGAAUAAGAAAAUGCAAUAAAAUACAAUGUCAGUGGCAAAAUAAUGCAAGUAAUUUAAAGGCAGACUAAUAUAACCAAUGUUUAUCAGAAACACCAAUGUGUAAAUAAUGACUCUGUUGAAGAAGCUCAUCGCUAUAUCUCACCAAGAAAUGUACUUUUCCAAACAAUCCAAAAUAUUAUUUAUGAAAUUGAUUUAUUUUUGCAUGGUAGUCCCAAUCAUGGAAUAGGUAUUAAUAUUCAAAUAUUGGAAGCAGUACAUUAUUUCAUUGCAGCAACCUAACGUUUUAUUUGACACUGUUGAAGAUGCUCAUCACUAUUUCUUUGAUUGUCCAAGAAAUGUACUUUUCCAAACACUCCAAAAAUAUUAUUCAUGAACUUGAAGUAGUACAUGCUUUCAUUGCAGCAACCUAACUUUUUAUUUGACACUGUCAUGUAUGUUACUUAUGCCAACACUUACUACCCCGUAAUACAUUGUAAUUUUUUUUUUGUCUUUUUUUUUUCUUUGUUACAUUGUGACUUUUUUCUCUACUCUUUUUUCUUAUUUCUUUGUUACUAUGUUUGUCUAUUUAUUUUCAUACCUAUAUACAAUGUAUUGUGUGUUGAUCUUGACCUUGUAGGGAGAGGGCUAAAAUAGGCUUUGCCUGCUGCCCAAUCCCAUUCACUGUAUGUGAAUAAAAUUUGUAUGAAUAAAAAAAAUACUAGACAAUGAUAUCGUAAACAUAGGUUUGUGCAUAUCGUUGUACAUUUUUUUUAUGGCAAAAUACUUUUCUGAAAUAUGAUAUAUCGUAGACUUUAGCAAUGGUUUUGUGAAUCUUUUUAGGCAUAUCAUGCAUCUUAAAAGGUUGUGAUGUUUAAGGUUAGAUUUAUCAAUGGUUGUGUACAUUUUUCCUAUAGGGAAUAAUACAUUUUUUUAAAAUGUUGAUGUUGAAAAGCUGUCCUAACAUGCCUUUAAAUUCACCUGUUUGUCUAACGAUUUUUUUUGUGAAA